CAACCACGAGUGAAGAGAAACGAGUCACAAGAGCAGGCUGCCUCGCUUGUUGCUUUCUGGACACCGUCACCGUCUUCGCUAUCGUCGCGCAUACACUGAGCGUGCGCCGCAGACGGCUGUCAAGGUAUUCACAUUGCCUCCUGGCUGGCUGACGGCAGAUCAUUCAACAGCCGCACCGGUCAAAGACCUCCGCUUAUCAGUCACGCCUUGGCCCUCAAAGCUUCGCUUCUUUCCCCGCAUCAUGGCCCCCAAGAAGGAGAAGAAGUCGAGCGGUGGUGCUGCUGGAAACUCGGCCGAAAUCUCAGCAGAGCAGACUCAACUGCUGGAACUGUUUUCGCGCAUCUCUCUGAGCGGACCCAAAGCGCUCGAGCUGACUCGAUUACCGGCUCAGUCCAAAGCUCUUCAAGAAGUCAUCGAAGAUUUGCCCAGCGAGGUGGGCCAGCUCGAUCAAAAAGUAUCCGGGCUGAUCGUCUUGGUGUGUGCGCCUGCCAAUCUGAAAGGCGUAGAGCGCAGUCAAAGGAACUACUUGGUCAGGAGGGUGCUGGACGGCAGCAUCAACACCUCGGAUAAGGUCACUGCGGCUGCCAAAUUCCUUUUCAGCAGCCAACCAGAGGUGGAUCAAGCCGCGUUCGAUGAGGCCUGCGGUGUCGGUGAGUGCGAUCGUCUGGUGGCACCAGGAGCAAGAGGAGCCCUGCCAGCACAAGGAUGAGAAUACAAAAACAAAUGCAUGUAUUAGAGUCGACGAGCUUUGGCUCCAUGGCUGCAAAAUCUACUCGACUGAUCUUUGGCGUGGCUCUCGCAGUAUGUCGGAGUGCACCACAGAGUGGUUG